AGAUUCAAAGUUGAACUCGUCGGAGUGAAACGUGUGCGUUCGAGAAGCUACGGAGUCGCCGUCGACGGAACCUAACCGUACCGUUCAUCGUGGUGUGCUGGGGUUCGGAUGGUGGUGACUGCGCCAUAUAGGUAAGGUACCCUACCAGCCUUCUCUGAAGAAGAAAAAAAAAAACUUUGAAGUUGGCUUUUCGCUACAAGGUGAUGUAAAGUUGGGGAGCGAAGUUCUGAAUUUCAGUGCUUUGGGAGUGCGAUUUGCGUAAGAUGGCCCUGGCCACGCGUAGCCCGGAGGAAGCGAAAGGUUUUCGAAAGUGGUGAAAAUUUGUGAACGGGGGAAAACUAAGGAGGCUCGGAAAAAUAGGGCUGCCGACUGCAGUUGGGUGUGUGUGUUUUGAAUUUUCCUCGGUGGCAAAGCAGGCGACGCGACGGCCGAGACCACUAUUCCAUGGCACACUGAGGUGGAUAUUACAGUACUUGCACAGUGGAGUUUGCAGUGAAGUUGUGUAUAGUUCUGUGCGGUCGCGAAGGGUGAGUUGUCGUAUGGAGUAUUGAUUGAAGUGCCGCGACUUGGUGGCACGUACAGCACUCGAGUUGAAGAAGUGGUAGAAGAAAAAAGCAGACGAAGGUGGGUGCCCUCGCUGGUCCUUAACCUCCACCAGGUUAGGCGGUGGGCAUUGCGAGUUGUCUUUGAGUUCACAGGAAGAGAAGUGCGUGCAAGAAGAUUGUCGUCACCAGAGCCUCCCCCGUUGGAGUUGAAGUCUGUGAAAGAGAAAAAAGGGGUUUGGAUUUACCUUUUGGCCGAGGAAACAAAGGUGUGAAGAAGAUUCAAGUGCCAAGUGGAGUAUCCCCGGGGGUGAAAAUCAAUGCGAAAAGUGGCAAGUUGAGCACUCGGAGAAGGCUCCCGUGGAGUUGUGUGUGAGUGCGUACCGAGGAAAAGCUGCAUUCGGUGGAAAAUCCUUGGCGGAAAAUUGGAAUCCAUGUUGUGAUCUGUGAGUCUGCAUCCCUGGGAGUGAGUGUGCGUGUUCUUCGUCGGUUCCGAGCCGUCGCAGCAUCCGCCGCAACCGGAAGUGUGAGAAGAAAGUGCUGAGCCGAAAGGCAAUUGUUCUGUCAAAAAAAUCUGUCAAAGCCUGUCUGAAUUUUGCGUGUGUCCGCCAAAAUGGAUCCUCCAGUACCACCGGGUUUCCUGGUAGAGUUGCUGCACUCGGUGCCGCACAUCAACAUCACCUUGCACCGGGUAAAUGACACCUUCAACCCGAACAGCUCCAUCUACAUCGAGAGCUUGGGCAUACUGGCCUCGAUACCGGCGGCCUUGCUGAUCAUCUCGUUGGUGUUUCUGUUGCUGUACCUGCUGACCAGAUGCUGCGACCGGAAGCCGAGGAAACCGAAAUCGCACGGCUGCCAAAAGUGCACCCUGGUGUUCUUCGCUAUCGUGUGCUGUGCGGCGAUUGGGUUGGGACUGUAUGGGAAUGACGACCUGCACAACGGGGUGCUGCAGAUCUUCGGCUCCGGCAGGAAAAUCGAGGAGCUCAUUCUGAGCGUGAGGAAUCAGACCGAAAUGGUGAAGUAUAAUCUCAAGACGAAGGUGGUCCUGUCCGAGCUGGAGGCCAAAUUCGAGAAACCACCGCAGAUGUACAAUCAGACGGCCCAAUACCUGCUGCAGGACACGGUCAAGAUGGUCAAGGACAACACGACGAUGGCAAUCAACGCGCUGGAAACGGUGGUCUACCUGACGAGGCCCUCCCACUCGGAGAUGACGCUGAACAGUUUGCUGAAUACGUACGAAUUCUACGAGGAACUGCGAUGGCCCGCGACGCUCGGAUUUCUGACCUUCCUGCUGUUGCUGUGCAUCAUUCUGGUCAUCGGAGCGACGCGCAGUUCCCGCUGUGCGUUGAUCUUCUUCAGCGUGUGCGGCCUGCUGGCGGUGACCGUGUGCUGGCUUCUGUCCGGGAUCUAUCUGGCCAGUGCGGUGGCCCUCGGGGAUUUCUGCAUGAAGCCGAACGAUUUCAUCUGCAGUCAGCAAAAGCUCAAAGACGUCCAGUACACGUACUGCAGCUCGGUUGGCACCAAUCGGUACGUGCUGCGACUGAACGAAUCCAAAGACUACUUGGACCGGGCCAAGGAAGCGCUGGACAUCAUGAACCGAAUUGCCAUCAACUUGUACCCGCGCUUCGAGAUGAGCUCCAAAAUCAAUCGACUGAGCGAAGAGCUGGACGACAGCAAACGGCAGUUGAUUGCUCUUUCCGCUAGGGCCGAUCGCCGUGCCGUCAUGGAGCACUACGCAAACGCCACCCGGGGUCUGUGCGAGGGUGGACUAUUCGGCCUUACACUGAUGCUGCUGGCCAGCUUGGUGUCGGCUGCGAUUCUGAGUCUGCUGGUGUGCGUCGAUUCGCACACGUGGAUCUAUUUGACGAAGAAACGACCCUACGAGGACAAAUCGGAAACGGCACCAUUGUUUCCGGCCGGUGCGGCCACGGCAUCUCCAGCAUCGGCGCAGAUCACGGCCGGAACGAUGACGGUCAACCGGACGCUGCUUCAUGCCCAGGCUGCCACCAGUAAUGGGACCACCGGAGGAACGCUGAUUCCGAGUAGCGGCCGCAACGGAACCACACACGGAUUGCGCGGGUUGGCAUCGUACAGUGGCGAUGAGUCACCACCGCCAGAUUAUAAUGUUGUGGUGCAUGAUAACAGAGCAUCCGGACACCACACCCUGGGUCGGUUACCGUCGCAGCAGAGCCACCUGGCCGGGCCGAACAACGGCAAAUACGCAACGCUUAGUAAACAGUGUAAAACGCUCGAAUCGAGCGACUUCUACUGAGACUCGCCUGCCUGCAAUGUGUCAAGUGCAGGCAGCAACAAACUAGGUGAGUUCGGAACUCCCACAAUCUCCCACAGCAACGCACCUACCGCUAAGAGAGUCUUGGCUAACGAACCGCCUGUCGAUACGUUUGCAGAUAAGAAACUGACCGCCUCGACCGCCACCCUCGCCGAUAAGGACCCCCGUGACAUUAGUAACAAUGGCUUCAACCGCUUUGACCCCAAGUAUGUGAGUAUUGGCCCGAAGGCCGUUCGAACCUCAAGCAACCAAACGAUGGUCAAUUUGAACAAGUGUGCCACUCUACGAGCUCACGGCCGAUACGCAAGCGGAGGACGAGGCACUAGUCCAAGUCCCCACCUGAAGAGCGUCCAACAGCCCAUGGUUGCCCAUUCUCAGUUCAACAAACCGCAGACUCAACACACUCAACUGCAAGAUAAACCAGAACGCCAGGCAACGACUCAACCCAAGUUGAACAUCUCAACCGUCUCCAAAGACUACAAUCAAUCGUACUCGUGUGCUACGUUGCCCUACAAGAAGCCCAGUGGAUUCGCCGAUGGACCAACUACGUCCAUCUUGAAAAAGGAGAGUAACCUUGACAGCAAGCAUCAACAUCCGACCGUCUACAGCAUCGACACCUCUCAUCAUCAGCCGGCACCUCAGCCAACUCAACACCACCGGUCUCUAUCUAGCACCAAUCAACUCUACCACGAAACGGGAGCAGGAUCGACUUUCGCUAGCCCACCGCCAUCAUCCGCGUCAACGGCUACCACCAAGAGCAACAUUUCGAUCAUCAACCAACCACUGCCAGAGAUUCCGACCGCGGCUCAGCAAAACAGCAGCAGCCUGAAGAACAAUCAACAGCCGCUCUGUGCCGCCACGCUCAAUCAGUACCGUUCGCUGCAACGACCGAGCAAGCAGAGCUCGCUCAGCGUCAAAGAAGUGUCUCCUCAACCGCAGCAUCAUCAACAACAACAGCAGCAACAACAGCUACUGCAGCAGCAGCAGCAACACCAACAACAGCUAUUACAGCAACAUCAACUGCAGCAGCAGCAACAACAACAGCAGCAGCACCAUCCACCGCAGGUGCAACAGAAGCCAUCGAUACCACCCAAGGUAACACCACCGAUGCUGCCGCCGAAGAACCGCCACAAAGACGAAUCCCUGUACCAAUCCCGGACCUCGUCGGUCUCCUCCAGCACCGGCAGACCUCAACAACCAUUACCUCAACCUCCCUCGCACCAGUCGUCUUCAUCGUCUCUGCAGUCCUACGGUCACGUCGUCAGUGCCAGCGGCAAGACUAACUUCAACGCCAUUCAGCUCCAAUUGCAGAACCAGCUGCACUUCAAGCAGUACCAUCAACUGACCCAACAACCCUGGCAGCGGGAACAGCUCUCCAUGCAGCAGCAACAUGCGGCAGCAAGCGGCUAUCAGACGCACGACUCCCGGUACGAACAGAAGUCCAACCGCAAUCGAUCGUACUCGGGAAGCAGCGAACGAGAGCAACAGCAACAGCAGCAGCACCAUCAACAACAACUACAACAGCAGCAGCAGCAAUACCAGAAGCCUAGCGGUGAGAAACAGAAGCAAAGCUACCAGACACUACCGAAAAAUCAUCACCAUCAUUCUUCGAACACGACGUCGUUCAGCACACAAACGCAACCGCAGCCGCUGCAACAACCUGUGCCACACCAUCAUCACCAUCCGUUACCGCCGCAGCAGCAACAACAACAGCAGCAGUCACAGCAGGCUGUGACUCAACAACCGCAACAGCCGAAGAGCAUCCUCAGCAAGUCGCGAUCGAACGAAGCACGCGAACGAGAGCGAGAACAUCGGGAGCGCGAGCGGGAAAGAGAACGGGAACGAGAUCGCGAUCGGGAUCGGGAUCGAGACCGAGACCGAGACCGAGACCGAGACCGAGAUCGAGAUCGAGACAGGGAUCGGGAUCGUGAACGGGAAAGAAGCUCGCACCGAGGCCACAGUCACGAGUAUCAUCACGAUUCGCGUUCGGUGGACAGCAACAAGAACCCGAACGUGUACUACCGAUCGCUGCAGCGCGGAGGACUACAGGCCAACAAUGAUCUCUACUCGGUGACGGAAUUGUGAGAAAGGUUUGAUUUUUAAGUUUGUUUCUAGAUGUGUUUGGUUCGCGGAGGAAUGGUUUUACUGUCGAUGCAUUCCUCCUCCAUCAUUGUUUAAAAAGUUUGUUCGAACUGCCCUCCAUUUCGAUUCUUAUGAAAACACACAGAACGAGAAUUAACUAUUCGAUUAAAUAAAAUCUAGCGAAUACAAAACAGGGUUGCCAGUCGGACUCGGAGGAAGAUCAACAUAGGGAUCCAUACUUCACAAGUUGAGUUGAACAACAUUUGACAAUUUUGUGAUAGUUUUAAGAUAUGGUUUUUAACAUUCGAUACCCGUCUUCCCUCCAAGUAGGCGUUGGAUCGCGGCAGAACCCAGAGGCAUCACAAAUACAAUACGAUACGUAACCAAACGAACACUGACACAAACACACGAAAUGCAAACGAAUCGACCGAUAGGUGGCACGAGAAGCACACUCACACAAACACAAACAAAUAGCGCACCCAAAUAUAUUGAACAAGAAACCAAUUCAAAGCCAGAACUGUAAAUAGUUGUAGGUUGACGAUGUUUUUACGUGAAUUACUGAAAGAACAACAUAAACAAGUUUUAAAAAGCUAACAAUGAGAUGUAGAGAGUUAAACAGAAUUAUCGCAAACACAAAGCGCCGGGACGAUGCGAUCUGUUGUUAAUGUUACUGAAAUGAAUAUUCUUCAUUAUUAGAAGCAAAUCAACUUCACCGUACGAUCACGAACACAUAAAAGCAAACGUAGGCUGAACUGAACCGGACGGGGAGAAAUGUCGUUCAUUACUAGUGAAAUAUGUUUAAAAAAAAUCGAUGAGAAAAAAAACACAGAAUAGGAAUAGAAUCUUAACUAAACACGAAAAUGUUCAUUCUCAUUCAUCCCCCUCUCAUUGCCACGUUGCCGUUAUUGUGGAUUUGAUGACAUUCAUCUGGAAAGUUAAGUAGAGGAAGUUUAGCAGCAUUUGCGCACCAUUUUCACAAACGGAUACACAGACACUCAACAAAAAAAAAAAAAAA